UCUCGACACUACUAAACGGCAAGCACUGAAACGACAUGUUCCAACGCGAUCCAAGGGCUGGCGCAUUCCUGGGCGGGGACAGAGUUUCUGGCCAGGACAUCCGAGAUCAGAAUGUGACUGCUGCACUGUCCAUUGCAAACAUCGUCAAGAGCUCGCUGGGCCCCUUGGGUCUAGACAAGAUGCUCGUUGACAACAUCGGGGAAGUCACCAUCUCGAACGACGGUGCCACGAUCCUCUCCCUGCUGUCAGUCGAACACCCUGCAGGGAAGGUCUUCAUCGAUCUCGCACAAAAACAGGACAAGGAAGUCGGCGAUGGCACAACAUCCGUAGUCAUUAUUGCUGCAGAACUGCUCAGACGCGCCAAUGAACUCGUCAAGGCAAAGAUUCACCCCACAACUAUCAUUACUGGCUAUCGGCUCGCUUGCAAGGAAGCUGUCCGGUUCAUGCAAGACAAUUUGAGUGUCAAGGUCGACGCACUAGGACGUGACGCGUUGACCAAUGCUGCAAAAACAAGCAUGUCAAGCAAGAUCCUCGCAAACGACGACGAUUUAUUUGCACCCAUGGCUGUCGACGCCAUGCUUUCCGUCAGGUCCAUCAACCCGCGCGGUGACAUCAAGUACCCAGUCAAGGCCGUGAACGUGUUGAAAGCCCACGGAAAGAGUGCAAGGGAGUCUUUGUUUGUCCAAGGAUACGCACUUAACUGUACAGUUGCAAGUCAAGCCAUGAAAAAACGCAUCUCCAACGCCAAAAUUGCUUGUCUUGAUAUAAAUCUUCAAAAAACUCGCAUGCAACUUGGCAUUCAGAUACUCGUAGAUGACCCGGAGCAACUAGAGGAAAUCAGGAAGAGGGAAGCAGAGAUUACCUUAGAACGCAUCCGCAAAAUACUGGCAGCGGGAGCGAAUGUCGUGCUGACCACCAAGGGUAUUGACGAUCUAUGCCUAAAGGAAUUUGUGGAGGCAGGCGCAAUGGCAGUACGUCGUUGCCGCAAGGAGGACUUGCGUCGCAUCGCCAAGGCCACGGGAGGCACCCUGGUUUCAAGCCUAGCCAACCUGGAGGGAGAGGAGACGUAUGAAUCUAGCUACCUUGGCACGGCCGACGAGGUCGUCCAAGAACGCAUCUCAGAUGACGAACUGAUCCUCAUCAAAGGCACCAAGGUCGUCAAUUCGGCAUCCAUCAUUUUGCGUGGUGCAAAUGACUACAUGCUUGAUGAGAUGGAGAGAGCUCUACACGACUCUCUGUCAAUCAUCAAGCGAACACUGGAGAGUGGCUCUGUCGUUCCUGGCGGUGGUGCUGUCGAAUCUGCGCUCAGCGUAUAUUUAGAAAACUUUGCGACUACUCUGGGCUCAAGGGAGCAGCUGGCGAUUGCCGAGUUUGCCACUGCUUUGUUGACGAUCCCAAAGCAACUCGCAGUGAAUGCUGCCAAGGACUCGACAGAACUCGUCGCAAAACUCCGUUCAUAUCACAAUGCGGCACAAAACGCCCCGGCCGGCGAUCCGAAGAAGGCACUCCUGCGCUAUGGACUUGACCUCUUGAAUGGAGACGUCCGAGACAACGUUGCUGCUGGAGUACUCGAGCCGACACUGAGCAAAGUAAAGAGCUUAAAAUCAGCAUACGAGGCGGCCAUCUCGCUGUUACGGAUCGAUGAUGCAAUUCAAUGUGCACCAGAACCCAAACCAGAGCCAGAUGCACACGGUCACUAAUUCUCUUUAUCUACAUCUACGCGUAACUUGUUAGUACAUAGGAAAAACACUAAGUCACGUGAUGUACAGCACGCGGUUGGUUUGCACUUCUGAGAACCCAGAG